GGCAGAGAGGAGAGUGAAGCUGCUCUGUGUGCGCAGCCUGGCCCGGUGUCCCCCUCAGCACUGCACGGGGCCACCCAGCCCUGUGUGCUACAGCUGCAGCUUGCACUCUCUGGGUGGGUUUUCCAGCCUGGAAAGAAGUAGAUGCUUAAAAUAAUGUAGUGAGAAAGCCCUCCUCUCCUCCCCUCCCCUCUGCCCUCUCCUCUUCCCUUCCCUUUUCCCUCUCCUUUCCUCUCCUCUCCUUUCUUUCCUCCUUUCAUUGUAUGCAGAUCGAGACCAGUCAAACCGCGCUGCUGUCACUCGCAGGUCCCUCACGACAAGCCAGGACUCCCAGAGGAAACUGCAAGUGAAGAAGUUUAAUGUUUGCUUCAGCUGAAGAGAAUAUUUCUCAAGUCCUGGUGGGAAAAGGUGAAAAAGAGGACCAGAGGAUGUUGCUAUGGUGUGGAGAUGACAGGAAGCCAUGACUGGAAGGGGGACUGUCAACAGGAAACAAAGCACCGCAGCCAAUGUGGCACUGCUGUACAGUACAGCUGCUGUGCUGUGCUGCCUGCUGGACUCUGAGGCCUGGGGAGCACUGUCUGUCCCCAGGAGAGAUUCUCCUGUCCGUUUGUCUGCUGGAGUCUGAAUUAUUCGGCACCUGGUUAAUCCACUUUGCUGGAGCUGGCAGACCCUGGGCUUUAUUUCUUGACACCAUCUACUGUAAAGUCCUUGAACAGCUAUGGGGAGGAAAGUGUGUGUGUGAGCAGCCUUCCUGGGCUGGCAGCCGAGCCCUCCACGGAGCCCAGGCGGCUUUGAGGGCUCCUGGCUGUUCAGUGCUCUGCAGAUAUGAACGCUGAGCUUUGGGGCUGGUUGUUCUCACCAUGCUAGUACAUGGGAAGGACGACUUCCUCUCAGACAUAGCCUACAUCAUCCUGGAACUGAUCAUCGCCGUGCUGGCCAUCCUGGGCAACAUCCUGGUCUGCUGGGCCGUCUAUCUGAACAGCAACUUGCAGAACGUCACCAACUAUUUUGUGGUGUCCCUGGCUGCUGCUGACAUUGCUGUGGGGGUGCUGGCAAUCCCCUUUGCCAUCACCAUCAGCACUGGCUUCUGUGCCUUCUUCUAUGGCUGCCUUUUCAUUGCCUGCUUUGUCCUGGUCUUGACUCAGAGCUCUAUCUUCAGCCUCCUUGCUAUCGCCAUCGACAGAAUCAUUGCCAUCCGAAUUCCCCUCAGGUACAAUGGCUUGGUGACUGGCUCUCGAGCCAAAGGCAUCAUUGCCAUCUGCUGGGUGUUGUCCUUCAUCAUCGGCCUGACCCCAAUGUUGGGGUGGCACAAGCGUGCCCAGAUCGAAGAGCUGGGUUCCAACUGGUCCUCUCCCAUCAACUGCAGCAACAGCAUGGUGGCGUGUCUCUUCGAGGCCGUGGUCACCAUGGAGUACAUGGUCUACUACAACUUCUUUGCCUGUGUGCUCCUGCCCCUCCUUCUCAUGUUUGGUAUCUACUUGAAAAUCUUCAUGGCAGCCCGGCGCCAGCUCAAGCAGAUGGAGAACAAGAUGGUACACGGGGAACGUUCCCGCUCCACGUUGCAGAAGGAAGUCCAUGCAGCCAAGUCUUUAGCCAUCAUUGUCGGGCUGUUUGCAGUCUGCUGGCUUCCACUACACAUCAUUAACUGCUUUACUCUUUUUUGCCCAAAUUGUGCCCACGCUCCCCUGUGGCUGAUGUACCUGGCCAUUAUCCUGUCUCACGCUAACUCGGUUGUAAACCCCCUAAUUUAUGCCUACCGCAUCAGGGAGUUCCGCUACACCUUCCGGAAAAUCAUCAGCCAGCACAUCCUGGGCCGGAAGGAGCCGUUCAAGGCGGGAGCAGCCAGCUCCAGGACUUCCACCCACGGUGGGGACGCGGAGAACGCCAGCAUACGGAUCAGUGAGUAUGCACUGGAGGUGUACACCAACGGAGAGAUCCACAGGGAUCCUGAAAAGCAGGACUUGAACAAAUGCAAAGCUGCCUUGGAAUGGCACCAGAAUGGAAAUGCUCUGGACUUGGAGACAAAUGGACAUCUCCCACAUUCCUGCAAAAAUGGGAUUCUCUCAGACGCAUGCCUGAGCAGGGAGCUUCACACUGAAGAGCUAAUUGAUGCCCAGGUGUCUUACUCAGAUCUGGAAAGAGCAGCCUUUGCUGCAGCUGAUGUUUCCUGAUGAGACUUUCGAAGUUUUCCUGGUAGAAUUAUUUUUUUUUUCCCAUUGGUGACCUCUGCCAUGGCAGAAAGGGAGGUUGGGGGGCGGGGGGAGAGCAGUGUAUUCAGAUCGCUGUGGAGAAAGGGGUCCAUAUCCAGGACUAUUGGAUGAUCCUAAAUACCAGACUGGAGAAGAGCCAAGAGACCACUGAAGUGGACUGAGGAAGGAGGGACACGUUACCCAUCAAUGACCUGUCACCAAGAGCAGUGCCAAGGUCGAGGAGGGCAUUCCAAGUUCAGCACUGGGACGCUGCUGAUGCAGGGAUUUUGGGACACUUUGCUGUGCUGUGCCUGUGGUUGAGAGCUGGUUUCGCUGUCUUUACCAAUGGAAAUAGAAGUGUGGCUGGAAGUAUUCCCUGAAUUACAAAGAGAAACUGGGAAGAGCCUCUGAGCACUGUGGCCCUGCAACAAGCAGAAGGGGGGAUAGCAAAAUCUGUUGUCAGGAAGGAUGCCAGGAACUGCUUGGAGAGGGAAGGAAUUUACCUGAUGGGAACUCCGGAUACUUUCAACCAUGGCACUUUGUCUUUCAGUUUGUGUUCUUAAAGCUUAUACUGCAACAGGUUGCUCAAAUGGUUUUUUUCCACAUGAUGAUAAGGUUACUUUGUGUUAACUUAUAAAAGAUGGGCAAGAGCCCAUAUCUGUUCCCUGAGUGCUCAGUGUUCCAGAUGCACAUGGCAAAUAUAACCUCUUAGCACUCCACUUUGUCCAGCAAAUCACCAAAGCUGAGCCUUGCCAAGGAUUCCCCUUGGCAAAAGGACUGUUAGCAGGACAUGGUGCUGUGGGCCAGGGCUGUGGGCUAUGUCCUCAGGGCAGGGCUGUCAAGGGCUGUGGGUGUGUGAGCUCUUUGUAGGCUGGUGGCACCUUCUGCUUUUCCCCUGCAUCUAUGCUUCUACUCCUGAGCUCCUAGAAUGCAAAUUCUUUCCAUGGCCCCAGAUGUGUGUGAGGGGAGGUAAUAUUCCAUAUUUCAGUCAUCUUCAUCCUCACUCAACAGGCUGAGGGACUUUUUUUUACUUCUUUCUUGGGAUAGAGAGCAACCCACACACAUAACUUGACCUAAAUUUGGAAUUUCAAUGAGUUCAAUUUAAAAAACCUUUUCUCCUGUGAUUUCAGUUUUUUUUCCUGUGAAGCCUGAUGUGUCCCUGUGGUGCAGAGGCCAACAGAGGCAGCUCUGGGCUCUGUCUGGUUAGAAGAUGCUCCUGCUCUGAGAAACUGAAAGGUGUCAGUGGUAUUGGAACUCAGAAACUGCAGUUUCUACUUUCUGUAAAAGAGAACAGGCAAAUUUGUGCUGCAGCAAGUGUACACAUUGCUGUGGUUUGUUGCAGAGGUGUUUCACUGCAGUUUGGUAAUUUCUGGAGGGAAAAUUAAGGAAGUCCAGCAGCUCAAGAGCAGCAGAAAACCACAUCAGCUUGAAUUCCACCUGAAGAUUGUCUGGGUUGUGUUUUUCAGACAAAUGAUCCAUGUCCAGUACUAUCAGUCUUCUGGAGAGACAGGCAGCAGUGGCCCUACUGGGAAGUGAAAAGUCUGUUAAUUCCAGGGAUCUGAAGCUUAUUCCCUAGCUGAAAACAUCAGAAGUAUCCUCCCUCAAUCUGGUUCCUCCUUGUGCCUGUCCACUAACAUUUCAGAAGCCAAGGGGGAUUUUCAUACUUGAGGAGGAGCAGGUUAGGUCUGCAUGUUCUUAUUCCAUGUUUAUUUUAUAUAUUGUGAACUAUUAAAACGAAAAAUCAGUUUUAUUUUGGGGAGAAUUUUCUUUUUGCCAGUUUCCCUACACACUUGUGGGGAGAAGUUUGAGAUGCUGAGUGUGUUGGAGUAUGUAGCUGCUCCGGGCUAGCACAAAGCUUACUAUGAGACGGAUAAAAAGAUGUGGCUGCCAUCACGGUCCUUAGCAGAAAGACAGGCCAGUUGUAAAACAAUAGACUUGGUGGUUUAAUUGAACUGCUGCUUUCUUGGCAGGGCUCUUCCCCAUGGUCUGAUGUCAGAGGAGAGGAUUAUCACUGCAGCAGCAUGAAGGAACUCUGAGCCAUUCCCCUGUGACUGACGUCAUAGGUAGCUCCUCCAUAGGGUGACUCGGGAUCUCGUUACUCCUGAUCCUUCUUGAUGGAAUAUUUCUGUAGGUUAUUUGUGUGAUGGCUUCUCUGACCUCCUGUAACAGCAGCAGAGGAACUCAGAAAAAUGGGGGGCUGUUUUCUUCAGGCCUCGGCUGGGAGCUGAAAUGUUUCUAAGAAUAACACAAGAUUACAUCCGGCACUCAUGUCAAUAACAAUUAGGUCCACAAAGACCCAGAGCAGGGAAGGAAGUGUGGGAAAAUACCAGCAUUGCUCAUGUGCUGGAACACACACCAGUGCAGAAGUGUUGCCUGUUGAGCUUUAGCUGCCAUUGGGAAAGGGAUGGUUUGCACUGCAUUGGAUCAGACUUUUAACAGUUGGUGUGGAUUGGUUGCUUUCUGUAUUUCCUGAGCAUCUCUACACCUACUUGUGGCUGUCUCUUGCUUGGUUGCCCCAAGAAUCAAGUUGAUCUAUGUUGAUGGACAAGCUUAGGAUUGGUUUGCUUUCCAGAUUGCUCUUGAAAGCUUUCCUGCCCAACUAGAUCACUAUGUGAGCUUAGUGACUUUCCAUAUGUCUUGAAUUUAACUUUUGUGUUGCUGCUUGAGCUGCCCCCAAGUGUAUCCAGUCCCUUUCAAUACUAGUGAUCAAGACUUGAAGUGAAAAGGGUGUGUGAAGAGGGUGGGCUGUGUGCAGGAGGAAGGGCAGGGUAUGGAGAGGGUGGUUUGUGGAGCUGUCUGCAAUCACAGGAAGGACGGGAUGGCAGCUGCACUACAGGCUAGGCCUUCUGGCAAACACAUGGCUGAGAUGGACCCUCAGAGGAUGUUUCUGAGGCAGUUGUUGGGGAGAGCAGGAGCCUUCUGAACAGAAUUUUAGACUUCAUAUUUCUUGUUUCCUCGGGAUCAUAAUUUCAGGGCUUCCUACUUUUUGGUUUGUUUUCCAUUAAAAAAAAAGAAUAGGUCCCAUCAAUGAAGUGUGCUCUUUCCUUCUCCUGGCAGCUCUCCACUCUUGAGAGAAGUACCUGCCUUCCAAACUUGCUAGGACCAUUCAUAUCUCCAUUUUUCUUCCAGCUGGAGAAUGUUUAGCUGAUCCAGCUGUUCUGGAUAAAGAAAGAUGGUCCAAGACAAAGGGAAGAAUGAGGUGACUAUCAGGAGAGGCUGGAGAAGACCUUCCUGGGAAUCCCAGGUGUAGUGGGUCCAGAGAGUAGGAGCUGGGGUCAGCAGAGACUAAUUUAAUUGAACGAGAACUUCCUGCUAAAAAAGUCUGAGAUGGGGUACUUCAUUUGGUGUGAGGGCAUUCCAUGAAUUUCACCAUUCCCUGAAGACUCUUAGGCUCCAGAGUUUAUUUGCUUUAUAAGAGUUUUGGAGAAAGCAACAUUUGAUCAGUUGCCAGGAGUAAUUUUACCAGAGUUCUUGGGGCUCUCUCCUCAAUAGGGCACUGCUUUUUGUGUGUGCAAAUAAAGGCACUUACAGCUGUAUCCUGCAGAGUCCCGUUUGGAUCAGUGGUAUUUCAAAGCUCUGUGCAAGUUUGAACGGCAGCUCUUGAACCAAGAAGCAAUGUGGCAUGGUGGGGCAGCUGGGGAUACUGGAGACAGAAAGGGUUUCUCACUGGUGCCAGUUGCUGCUAGGGUGCAGGUGGACUUGGAAUGACAUAGAAUAGUCUGAGCCUUUGAUAAUUUUUUGAAGAUGCCUCAGGGGAUGCUGGUGGAUAUAGAGAAGUCUCUAAGGUGUGGGAGACUGGAGGGUCAGGAUGGACAGGAAUUCUUGGUAGUGAAGAAGCAUUUGUAGAGUAGGUGUUUGGGAGGAUUUCAGGGGAGUAGGAAUGUGCUGGGAGGUGCUGUGGGGUGUAGAGAUGAUGCUGUCUUGAGACCAAGGUGGGACUUGCUGAGGAAGGACUCUGGAAGGGAUGUACAGCCUUACAGCUCUCCUGGGGUCACUGCAAGGAUCAGCCCUUCCUGGGGUGUGCACAGGGUUGACAUUGUAGGCUCUAUAUUGACUGAGGCAGGGAUGGUUCUUAUGGAUUAUGUUUUUUCCAGAUACACUGUCCCAUUUCAUGAGCACCUCCAGGUAUAACAAAUCCCCUUCUGCUUCAUGAGCAUGGGCCUUACCUAAACCAAAUCCUUCCAGACAAGUUCUGUGGAAGGACAAACAGGCUGCAGUGAUGCCACAAUGCAUUAAACCUGCAUGCAGUACUCUCUGGUGGUGUUUGCUAAGUUCAGCUGCCUAAAAGUCAGUUCUCUCCCAAAUUGUUUUGGGCAUCAAAUUGCACUGAGUCAUUUCAGCGUUUUUUUCCUUUCCAGCCCUCAGCUUCUGGCUGUCUUUAUGGCAAAACACAUAAAGAGUAACAAAAAUCAUCAGUUCCUCAUUUGCAUGAGAGGUGACUAAACCUGAUAGAUGAGAAUCCCCUGACUGGGGCAGUGUUGUGUGUAACUCCCCACCUUACUUGCCUACUGGGGCUGUUCACACAAGGAUGUGUUAAAAUCAAGACUGGAACCUGUUGAUCUGACAACAUCCAUCCCUCCCCGCACUGUCCCAGGAGCUGCUGUUCCUGCCCUGUCCUGUGGAGAGGUUCUCUGUGGUCUGCAAACCAAGACACUAUGAACACCCUGCUGCACAUGCUGUCAGUAUGAAACAAUUACUCUUUUAAUUUAAAUGUUUUAUGAUAUAGGUGUUGUUUUCCCUUUGUCAGUUACCAUUUUGGGGGGUGCGGGUGGGAAGGGCGUGGGAGAAUCUGUGCAUGCAAAAGUAUUUAAAGUGCAUUGACCAAAGGUUUUUUUGAAUCUGUGAAGUUUUCUUAUCUGUGAAGUCAUCAGACUGCUGGGCAGUGAGGAGCCGCUGGUGCUGCGGAGUCUGUCUUGGUUACAUUUCUUAAUAAGCAUUAAAAUAAUAAAAUAUAUUUGUAAAA